GAUCUUGAUAAAACGACCGAUCCCUUCGUCUCUUUUCCAGAAACGGCAAAAUCAAUCUGUUUCUCCGUCUCAAAUCGGAUUAUUUUCUCCUUCGAAACCCGAGAGUAAAGUCGGCAUCGGACUUUCAUCAGAAAUAACCGAAUCAAAUUAUUCAAAUCGAACCCCAAAAAAUAAAAAACUGCACUUUUCAUUCUUUGAUCGAAAUGAAGGAAGACGAUGCCCUUCCAACAACGACGGCUAAUGCGAAGAAAGAAAGCUCCGAUUCGAGCCUCUUUGGUAAAGGCCGCUACAAGUUUUGGGCAUUGGCCGCCAUUUUGUUGCUCGCAUUUUGGUCCAUGCUAACCGGCACCGUCACUCUCCGUUGGUCCGCCGGUAACCUCAACCGCCUCUCCGACGAUCUCGACAACCCCAUUCGCGAUGAUCUCGACGUCCUCGAAAUGGAGGAGAGGGAGAAGGUGGUGAAGCACAUGUGGGACGUGUACACCAAUAGCCGACGGAUCAGAUUACCGAGGUUCUGGGAGGAGGCCUUCGAGGCUGCCUACGAGGAUUUAACAAGUGACGUCCCUGGUGUCCGGGAGGCCGCCAUUACUGAAAUCGCUAAGAUGUCAGUGCGCUCCAUUGAUCUCGAUCCUCCCCCUGUCCAAUCAACGACUUCACGAGAAUUGAGAAAGAGUCUGAAGCAAGCAGAGAAGGGCAGGGAAGUAGUAACCUCGACAGGUGGUCAUGGAUGAUGUUAAGAAUGUGGAGGAUUCAGGGAUUCAAAUCUUCAUUACUCUGCACUCAAAAUUGCUCAUAUGCUGCCGAAAGUUUGGUAAAGGUAGUGAUGGGCCAAAUCAUACUCGGUUCUUAGGUGGUUUCAUGAUGGUUUGAUUGGUUUUAUAACAGGGAGAAAUUACCUAUUUAAUUAGGUUAUUGUUCUUCCAGAUUUUUGCUGUCACAAUCUUUCUAUGUGUGUGGUGAACCGAAGCAACCUAUAGAGUAGAUAAAUCAAGUUGACGAAUUUUUUGAUUAGAUUUAUAUAUAUAAAUCAAAGAGAGAGAGUUUCUGGAACUUUUUGUUGAAUAGAAGGUCCUUAAGAAUGGACAAGCAUGUAGUUUAGCAUUGAUGUAUUGACUGGAUAUAAUUUCACUUGUCACUGAGAGCUUCAAAAGAAUAUUUUCCACUUCUGUAUCAGCGCAGUUCAUUGCCAAAAUGAUAAAUGUUUCAUGUUUUUA